CAUCAUAACACAUAUACAGAUGCAGAUACAUACAUAAAUUGAUGUUUCGUUUUCAAGUACAAAUCUCUUUCAUUCUCUGAAAUUCCUGGAAUUAAUAGAAUGGCGAAGACUGGAAACAAGAACAUACAAGCCAAGCUGGUGGGCAAGUUUUCACACUAUGGGGUGCAAUGAGUUUCAUCAAAAAGACUAUUUACAACAACGUGGAGAUAGAUUUUUAAUGUUCAUCACCUUUUCAGUUAACCUUAGACUUCAUGAGAACUGAUUCAUGACAGAAGGUAUUACUUGGGGACAUGGGAACGGGCAAAACCAGUUUGGUAUUAAGAUUUGUGAAAGGCCAAUUUUAUGAUUACCAGGAAUCAACAAUUGGAGCCGCAUUCUUCACUCAAGUUUUGUCAUUAAAUGAAGCUACAAUAAAAUUUGAUAUAUGGGACACAGCAGGACAAGAACGGUACUAUAGCUUAGCUCCAAUGUACUACCGUGGUGCAGCUGCAGCUGUUGUGGUGUAUGACAUCACGAGCAUGGAUUCAUUUGAACGAGCUAAAAAGUGGGUUCAAGAGCUGCAAAGACAAGGUGAUUUACUUAAAUUAAAUCUGUUAAAUCAGCUUUGAUAGUUCUCUUCUUGACUCAAUAACCAAAGGUGUUUGCCAUGAUUCUUUUGAUUUGAAAUAGCACCAGAUGCUUCCAAGGAAAACAUUUAUAUUUAGUUUUUCUUGAUAGGAUUAGUGAAACUAAACUGCCCCAGGACAUUUCCAACUUCUUAUACGUUAAAUCAUAUGUUGUUUAGUAUUCUAUGUCGACAUAGAAGCUACAAUCCAUCAUUCAACGGAUCCAAUUUUUAUAAAUGAAGUCCUUUGGGUUGUGAGAAAACUUGUAAGAAUGUUUCAAAGUCUAAUUAUGCAUCAACUGGAUAAUUCAUCCUGUUUAAACUUAUCUUGCAAGAUCUUCUUAGUCGCUUUACAUAGACUUCUCUAAAUCAUGAUUCACAAUAGAAGAGCCAAUCUUUCAUGGGAUUGGUGAGGGGGGCCAACUUGCAUCUUCUUCUUUUUUUUCCUUGGGAUUUGAAAGAUCAUGGGUGUUUCAAAAUUUUGAGAGAGGCCAUGACAAUUUCCUUUCCUAUACCCCUGAACUUGCACUGUUGUAGUUCUAGGUCUGGCAUUUAUGCGUUAGUUGAAAUUUCUAUCCCUAUUAUGGCAUGCAAUUUCAUCUUUCUGAACAUUAGUAGGACAUUAAGCAUCUGACUCACUAUCCGAGUAAACUUGGUGCUUAUGUAGCAUUUAAUG